AUAGCUGAUCGACUUCUUUUCUUUCAUUCACACAAGAAAAGUAGAAAAAAGUGAUUCGAGAUAAAAAAAGUAUAAAAUGAUAAUUCACGUGUUUUCACUUUUUCGUCGCGCGCAUCGAUAGCAGACAAAAUUUGUGAUUAAAGAUAAAAAAACCCCCCUUGAAAAGACUCAAGACUUCCGCACUUUAUAACAAAAAAAAAAAAAAUUUUUGUUUAGUCUUCAGUUGUUCAAAAGAAGAAGUUGACUGAGUAGAAUAAUAACCGGAAAAAAAUGCCUAACAUUAUAAAUGAUAUUAAGUUAGAUUUUAAGGACGUGUUACUUCGCCCUAAAAGAAGUACAUUAAAAAGCAGAUCCGAUGUGGAUUUGUUCAGAGAAAUUACGUUUCGAAAUUCGAAACAAACGUACAAGGGAAUUCCGUUGAUGGCAUCGAAUAUGGACACAGUCGGAACUUUCGAAAUGGCCAAAGUUUUGGCAAAGCACGGACUCUUCACGACUUUACAUAAAUAUUACACUGGAGAAGAGUGGAAAGAAUUUGCCGAUAAACAUCCCGAUUGUAUUAAAUAUACUGCCGCUAGUUCAGGAAUUGGUAAUGAAGAUUUCGAUCGUUUGACUAGUGUUUUGGAUGCAGUGCCAGCAAUUUCAUUUAUUUGCAUCGACGUCGCUAAUGGAUAUUCACAACAUUUUGUCGAAUACGUGAAGAAAAUAAGGGCGAAAUUUCCUAAUCACACGAUAAUAGCAGGAAACGUCGUCACUGGAGAAAUGGUAGAAGAAUUAAUUCUCUCAGGAGCAGAUGUAAUUAAGGUUGGAAUUGGUCCUGGAUCAGUUUGCACGACACGAAUGAAAACUGGCGUUGGAUAUCCACAAUUAAGUGCUGUAAUUGAAUGUGCUGAUGCUGCUCAUGGAUUGAAAGGUCACAUUAUUUCUGAUGGAGGCUGCAUAUGUCCGGGUGAUUUAGCCAAAGCUUUUGGAGCCGGAGCCGAUUUUGUCAUGGCUGGUGGUAUGUUCGCUGGACACGACGAAUGUGGUGGCGAAAUAAUAGAAAAAAAUGGAGAAAAAAUUAAACUUUUUUACGGAAUGGCAUCAAAUACCGCAAUGAGGAAACACGCCGGUGGUGUUGCUGAUUACAGAUCCUCGGAGGGAAAAACAGUGGAGAUUCCUUACCGAGGAGCAGUCGAGAAUACAGUAUUAGAUAUGUUGGGCGGUUUACGUUCAGCUUGUACUUACACGGGAGCCGAGAGACUUCGGGAAUUACCUCGUCGUGCAACUUUUAUUCGUUGCACACAACAACUUAAUAAUAUUUACGGUCCUCCAAUGUGAAUUGAGUUUUUUCUUUUUUCUCUUUUUAUUAAAUAAUUCGUCGUCAAGUCAAUUUAGAUUUUUUUUUUUUUUUGUCAAAAUGAAUUAUUUAAAGAAUCGAGCUUGCAUAUUGCAAUUUAUGGUGUUUGUGAAUGAAUGUGAUGAAACUUAUGCUAAGAAAAUUUCUUUAAAGUUUAAAUAUCUUUCUAUUGAGAAAUCGAUUUGAAUUACGCUUUUUGUCAAUAAGUUUUUUGAUACUAGUUUUAUUUGAUAAAACUGGUUUUUUUUUUGAUAAAACUAGUUUUUUCAGUUUAGAAAAGCUAAUUUCAAUUUAGAAGCAUUUGUGCUUCCAUGGCGCAAUUUAAUUCUCGAAAAAAGAAAAGAAAGCUGUGAAUCACGUCAAAUAUUUUUAAUAUUCUAGUAUAAUUGUCAAUUUGUUGAAAAAAAAGGUGCUUUGUUAUAUAUACGAAAUAAUAAUCAAGUGCUUUAUUGUGCGAAUUCAACAUUUUACGUUGAAUGAAAAUUAAUGAUAAUUGUCAAGUUUAUUGUAAAUUUCUUAACGUUGUCAAUUAACUUUAUCUCUUAUUUUAUUUUUUUUCAAUUUUUAUUACUAAAGUACUUAAUUUACUGAUUUUUAAAGUCACAAAAUUAGUAGUUUUUCCAAAUAUUACAUAUUUAUAACUAACAAUAAUUUGUAGUAGAGAAAUUUUUACUAAUUCAAUUAGUUUUCAAUUUCAAUUAAUUCAACUAAUUUAAUUAUUUGAAAACUGAAAAAUUAAAUUUAAAUCUUUUUUCGUCAUUAUUGAAUGAAAAAGAAUUAAAACAAAUUAAAGAAGGCGAACGUACAUUAUUACUAAACGCAAAUAGGAAUUGAUUUCAGUUAUAUUGAAACUAAUGAAAUGUGUAUGAAAUUUAAUAAUUUAAUUAAUAAUAAUUAAUAAUGUAUUUAUGAUCUCAAACUGAGUAUUAUUCAUUGAAGCAAAUGCUGCACAUUGUACAAUGUUAAAACCAAAAAGAAAAAGUUAAAAAAAAAAAAAAAAAUAGGGAAGGAUUUGGGUAUAGUUCACUUUGUAAUCUCGAAAGGAUUAUAUAAAAUUAUUUUUAAACACUA